CUCUGAUAGUAAGAAAUAGAAUCCGACACUUGGUGUGCUGGAGAUACGCUACACGCCCUCCCAUGACCUUUCCUGCUUUUUCCACAAGCCGCACAUUCGUUCUCCUUCAGGAUGGGAACAAUAUGGAGAUCCCUCGAUUCUACUUACCGACUGGGACCCGAUGCUCGAACUACGUUUGCCAGAACUCGUUUGAGAUACCAUUCUCGUCUCUGCUUCUCAGGAACAACGCGCUCGUGUGGGCAAGACUAUGCAUCCUCAGACCCCAAGGGUAGGAGACCAGGUGGUUUUUGUUCCCAUGAUCGUUUCGUGAUGGUCGAGAAACAGGGAAAAGUGAUAAUUACCAUCUCCAACCACCCAAUCCAUCAUCUAUACUUCUUGUCCCGGCAUGUUUUGCUAGUGCCGGCUUUCUGUUGCUCCCGCGCAUGCACGCCAUCACCCGUGUGUGGAUCGUCGAUGAUGAACGUCUUGACCGACAGCCGCAGAAAUCAAGGUCUAGACAUCAUCUGCCUCCGUCCUCUUACGAGCGCACGGCUAGUCUCGAAGUCUACAUGGCUUGUCAAGCUUGAUAAGGGAAGGUGUAGAGGCUAGCUUUGGGCUCGGGGUGGGACGGAUAAGUCGAGGAAACUUUGUUUCUGGCAGCAGCAUUACCGGCGAUAUCAACAUCGCGCAUACUUCGACCUUUCCGCGACCUUUGGAAAUGACCAACUGCCCACCAAGAAGCUUGUCGAAUUGCGGGGGGUUCGAGCGCCAUUCGAACUCAAAAGAUGUGUCCUGACUGAAAGUAUGUUCUGGUACCGGAUGGCACAUUAGACUUCCCCUUGGAUUGUCAGGCGACCCGGACUUAUGCGCUAUUGGCCCCUGCUAUCAUGGAGAUCUAUGCGGGUGCACCAGCCACACUUAACGGGGCACGGAGU